UUGAACUCUAGUUUGUUUUGAAAAAGCUACUGCGCUACUAAAAUGAACAUCAUCACUACCGUUCUUGUACUUACGGCAUGCUGUUACCAUAUUUCAGCUGACGAUAAGGUUCGCUAUGAUAAUUUUAAAGUAUAUCGGGUAGUGCCUAAAUCUAAUGAGGCCGUUGAAAUUUUACGAGCACUCGAAGAAAGCGACAAUGUCUAUGAUUUCUGGACUGAAGUUAAAGGUGUAGGACAUCCUGUGGACAUAAUGGUUGCUCCACAUCUGAAAUAUCGAUUUAGUGAUGCACUUGCUGGUAGUCAGUUUGAUGUGGAGGAGUACAUUUCCGAUGUCCAAAAACUGAUUGAUAAUGAGAAUCCUAAAGCAGGACGUGCUGUCGGUCUUGAAUGGUCCAGCUACCACACACUUGAUGAGAUCAAUCAGUGGCUAAGGGAUCUGGCUAGCACCUAUUCACAAGUAAGUCUCAUAGCUGCUGGUAGAAGUUACCAAGGACGCGACAUUCUUGGAGUCAAAGUGUCUUUUAAAUCUGGUAAUCAAGAUCGUACGGUUUUUAUUGAGUCGAAUAUCCACGCAAGAGAAUGGAUAAGCUCAGCUGUGUCGACAUACAUUUUGAACGAACUUUUGACCAGCCAAGACUCAAAUGUUCGGCAAAUUGCAGAAAGCCACGACUGGAUUUUCGUUCCAAUCUUUAACCCAGAUGGUUUCGUCUACAGUCACACAACGGAUCGUAUGUGGCGUAAAACUCGUACACCUUAUUCUACGUGUGCGGGUGCUGACCCUAACAGAAACUGGGGCUACCACUUUAACGAAGGUGGUACUAGCAGUUCUCCUUGUUCUGAAACAUACCGUGGACCCUACGCCUUUUCUGAAUUGAGUACAAACACACUUUCAGAAUAUAUUGGUACAGUAGCACCACAACUACGUGCAUACAUUGCGUUCCAUUCCUACUCACAACUUUUGUUGCUACCGUACGGUUACUCAGCUGCACACCAGGAUAAUUAUAAUGAUCUGUACAGUGUAGGUGUAAAAGCAGCAUCCAGCUUGGCUCAGCGAUAUAACACUCGGUUUCAGGUUGGAAAUAUAGUAGAAGUUCUUUAUGUGGCGAGUGGUGGCAGCAUGGAUUGGGUAAAAGGCACAUUUGGAACUCCAAUUACCUAUACUUACGAACUUCGUGAUACUGGACGAUAUGGCUUUAUCCUGCCUGCUAAUCAGAUCAUUCCUAGUGGUCAAGAAACACUGGACUCACUUGUGACCAUAUUGCAGGAGUUUGAUAAAAUUUUGUAAACUUUACUACAAAUACAAAUUAACUAAGCUCACA